UUUGCUAAACAUUAAACCUCAUAAUUCCGAAAAGUUACAUAUUCCUAACAGAGACAGUGUGGUUCAGAAGAGACGGAUAGUAUCAAAUGUCUGGAAUACCACCGGAUUCAUGGCAACCACCCACCGUGUCGCUGGAGACCACGAUGGGGACGAUUGUACUAGAACUGUAUUGGAAGCACGCGCCGAAAACCUGUAAGAACUUCGCCGAGCUGGCGAGAAGAGGUUACUAUAACAACACCAAGUUCCACCGCAUCAUCAAAGACUUCAUGGUACAGGGCGGAGACCCCACUGGAACGGGCCGUGGCGGUGCGUCGAUAUACGGUAAACAGUUUGAGGAUGAGCUUCACCCUGAGCUGAAGUUUACAGGUGCAGGUAUCCUGGCCAUGGCUAACGCAGGCCCAGACACCAAUGGCAGUCAGUUUUUCCUGACGCUGGCCCCCACACAGUGGCUGGAUGGGAAACACAGUAUAUUCGGCCGGGUUUGCCAAGGCAUCGGCGUACUGAACCGGAUCGGGAUGGUGGAGACCAACAGCCAGGACCGACCCGUAGAAGAUAUCAAAAUCCUCAGGACGAGCCUUCCCAACUGAGCCCAGAAACGGGUCAACCCUUGUCUCCUCCUUUUUAUUUUUGUACAGCCGUUUGUA